AUGGCUCUCUCUACCGUUGCGAUUUACAUAUUUGGCGAUAUUCUUUCUUCUCCUCUUGUCGGUAUCGUUCAGAAAAACGCUGAUUUGAUCUUAGGCGCAAUAACUAUCAUUUGCGGGAUCAUUGGGACAUUAUCAGGAGGGUUUAUACUUUAUCGUGUCACUGCAACAAUUCCAAAUGCUUUUAAGCUUUUAUCCGGAGCAACGUUUCUUGGAGCGAUCUUUUGCUUCACUGCAUUUACCUUAAAGAGUUUAUAUGAUUUCAUCGCUCUCUCUGCCUUAGGAGAGCUUCUUGUGUUUGCUACACAGGCUCCUGUGAAUUAUGUGUGUUUACAUUGUGUGAAACCAAGUUUAAGACCAUUAUCAAUGGCUAUGUCUACCGUUGCGAUUCACAUAUUUGGCGAUGUUCCUUCUUCUCCUCUUGUCGGUAUCGUUCAGGAUCAUAUCAACAGUUGGAGAAAAACAGCAUUGAUUCUUACAUCGGUUCUGUUCUUAGCUGCUACAAUAUGGUUUAUAGGGAUAUUCAUAAACAGUGUAGAUCGGUUUAAUGGAGAAGAAAGUGAAAGUGAGAAGCAGAGGAGGCAAGAACAAUCGAUUGUAACUCCAUAA